UCUCUCUCUCUCUCUCUAAAUCCCUCUUUGAUUCCUUUCUCAACCACAAAUGGCUCCCUCAAAUUGCAGCCACAGAUUCUUCAAGUUCAGGCCCUCCUUGAUCACGAAAGCCCUUUGAUCUCUCUCUCUCUUUCUCUCCCCAUUAUCCAUUUUUAAUUCUUCCAACUUUCCAAUUCUGUCCUCCCCCACUCCCUAGCAAUUUUCCUUUCCGCCCUCCAGAAAAUUGGACUUUCCAGGCAAGGUCCAUUUUCCCAAGAAAAUAUCGUUACUCUGCUACGCUGUUGUACCUAUCAACAAACAUUUCGCUCUCGUUUUCUCGCUGUCAAAUCCAACCCCACAACUUUUUCAACAACCAAAUGUUUGCUAAGAAUUACGACUUUUCACGCGCCGUGGUGGAGAUGGCUUGGAUUAUGCUAAGGAUUGACUACUCGAGGCUCUUCUGGCUACUAUUUGGUGUUUUCUCUUACGAAAAUCACGAAGGAAAGCCUCGAAUUUAGCUUUUGUGCUUCCAAUUAGCUCUUUCCUAAGUUUCAAUUAAAUUUCUACGUCAAAACACAUAUAGAGUUGAAUAAUUUUCUACCUCGAAGCUAGUUCGAAGAUCUUCUCCUCACUUCGCACUCGUCGAUACACACACACACACAGCUCAAAACAUGCACAAAGGAAGGUUUCGAGAACGCACUGAUGAUGCCAAGCCCGAUCAUGGCUACGCUGAAACCGAUCCAACCGGACGCUAUGGCCGUUAUGAAGAAGUUCUUGGAAAAGGGGCAAUGAAAACAGUGUACAAGGCCAUUGAUGAGAUACUUGGAAUGGAAGUGGCAUGGAACCAGGUAAAACUCAAUGACUUGCUUCAGUCACCAGAGGACUUACAGCGGCUAUACUCAGAAGUUCACCUCCUCAGCACACUCAAUCAUGAUUCGAUUAUCCGAUUCUACACAUCUUGGAUUGAUGUUAAUCGAAGAACCUUCAAUUUCAUUACUGAAAUGUUUACUUCCGGCACCCUGCGAGAAUAUAGGAAGAAAUAUAAUCAAGUAGACAUCCAUGCGAUCAAGAUUUGGGCCCGUCAAAUACUAGCUGGCCUUGUUUAUCUGCAUGGCCAUGAUCCUCCAGUGAUCCAUAGAGACCUCAAGUGUGAUAACAUCUUUGUCAAUGGCCAUCUUGGACAAGUGAAGAUUGGUGAUCUAGGCUUGGCAGCAAUUCUCCGAGGUUCUCAGACAGCACACAGUGUUAUAGGCACACCAGAGUUCAUGGCACCAGAACUAUAUGAGGAAAAUUACAAUGAACUUGUUGAUGUCUACUCAUUUGGUAUGUGCGUUUUAGAGAUGCUCACUUCUGAAUACCCAUAUAGUGAAUGCACCAACCCGGCACAAAUUUACAAGAAAGUAACAUCGGGAAAGCUGCCUAGAGGAUUGUACAAAAUAGAAGACCUUGAAGCACAGCGAUUUAUAGGCAAAUGCUUAGUAACUGCCUCAAAGAGAUUAUCAGCGAAAGAACUAUUGCUUGACCCAUUUCUUGCACUUGAUGAAGAUGACUUGCUGCCUUCAACAAAGAUUGGACGUCCAAAGCCAUUUUUGAAUGGCGACAUAGGAAUUGCUGAACUGCAACUCCAUGAAAGUCCACCAAGAACCAACAUGACUAUCACAGGGAAGCUAAAUCCUGACGACGACACCAUAUUUCUGAAGGUGCAGAUUGCCAAUGAAGAAGGUUCUGUUAGGAAUGUAUAUUUCCCGUUUGACAUUGUAAGUGACACGCCAUUAGAUGUUGCGUCUGAGAUGGUGAAGGAGUUGGAGAUCAUUGAUUGGGAACCCUUUGAAAUUGCGGAUAUGAUCGAUGGAGAGAUAUCUGCUCUCAUACCACAUUGGAAGAAACAGGACCAGCAUCAAUCAGAUCACUGCCACAUACAUAAUUAUCAAGAGGAGGACGGACACCAUCAUCUUCUCUACCCUUUCUCCUCUUGUUCAUCAUCGCAAGUUUCACUCUCAGAGUUGAUUAAUUGUCACGAGGUGGAUGAAAGGUCCCAUGGUUGUGAUUGGCUCCAAGAUGACUUAUUUGAUGAUACCAGCUCUCAAAGUUCUUUCCAUUCUGGAAAAUAUUCCAACUUUAAUUAUUAUUCUGGUGAAGAGCACGAUUCUGAUAUGAACCCUAUAAGACGAGAUCAUCAAUACUCGAUUGCAAAUAUGCACAACUCUACAAGGUUCUGUCGAGAAGAAACUUCUAGAAUGAGGCAGUCCCCGGUUAGAAACUGCCACAAGCAAGCUUCCACUUCUAAAGAUAAACGACUGAUGGACUGCCGUCGAUUAACAAGGAACCAAUCUCUAGUGGAUAUGCGUAGCCAGUUGUUGCACCGGUCAUUAGUGGAAGAGGUGAAUAAGAGACGAUUGUUCAAGACUGUGGGCGCUGUGGAAAAUAUUGGGUUUCAGGCACCUUGUGAGGUUUCUGGGAAGGAGUCACGUCCAGUGGGAGGUGCAUCUUCUGUGAGAACUAGAAACGAACGUAAGAGACAUGGGCAUAAAGAUAGAAGAACUUAAAUUCUCAGAUCGCUUGAAUCUGAAAAAAAUUCAGACAUAGUUCAACUUUGUAUAUAUAGCUAUGCAAGUAUAAAUGUUGUCUGAUGCCUAGACAUUGUCCACACAAACUUUGGACUUUCUGUUUAUAUUUUGAGGUAUUGUAACAAAGAUUCUCAUCAAGCAGCAAAAACCUUGUUUAUAUCCCAAGCUUCCCUUUCUUUGGUAGCUUUGCUCGGCGAGUUUUGGUUGAUUGAUCUUACAUUAAUCCCGGGACAGCUUCAGGAAGGAUGGUUGUGGUUGAUGUCAUCGUUUUGUAUUUUGCUUGUAUGUUUUACGUAUUUCUGAAUUACCCAAAAAACAAUAAAAUUCAGAAGAGGAAGGUUUAUUCGGUACUGUUUUGAGCGUUGUGUGUAAUUUUUUUUGUGUGAUUGGAUUGUGUUUUAGUGGAAGUGCUGAUGACGGUUCUCUGUU